GGUGGAAGAAGGAUCGCUUUUCUGUUUCUAGUUUCUGUUUAUAGUUACAAAUGUGUUCAUGUACUACUGCCAUAGAUAUUUAAGAACAAAUAAUUUAGUGUAUCUGUCUAUUACUAGGUAUAGAUAAUACUGUAAUUACUGUAAAGUAGGAAUACCCAGAAAUCUUCAUGCAGAGCUACCGAGGUCGAAAGCCAAGCGGUUCGGCAGCCACCGGUACCAUAUUGCCACAAGAGAGCGGUAGUACUCCGGUAGCAGUACCUCCCGGUGCCGCGCAGCCUUCCGCAUCUAGGCCCAGUUCGCAGCCUACGUCCGUACCGAUGCCAGUGCAGCAACAACCUAUGGCCCCAAUGCCUUUCUACGCUGACCCAAACAGAUUUCCCACACCAGUAUGGCAGGCAGACCCAACGCAAGGGUGGCCGCAAAGCCAGUUUAUCCAACAAAUCCCUCCAACCGGACAACCUAUAGAGACCUACCAGCAAUACCCGAACGGUAUCUACCAAGCCACCUACCAACCCGCAUUCGAAGCUAAUACCUUCUACUCGGGGGCUGUGCAAGUUUUGGCCAACCCCAGACCAUCUAGUACUCCUAUCCAGCAAGUACAGCUGGCACCACCGCGACCGAAUUCCAAUUACUCACACACUCCCAGCCCUAGUCCAGUGCAGCAGCAACAACAGCAGCAGCAACCUAACAGUAGGCAGUACCAGGAGUACAAUAUUGCUCAACAAGGGAACCAGUCCCAACAGAACUUCAUCCCUCCUGCUACCACCCCUACCGCUAACGAAUCAUCACAAAACGGCAAUACCUCGAGACCUGGGUCCGUCAACAACAUUGGCAACCCUCCUACUCCCAAUCAGAAUUUCGCUCAACAAAUACCUCAAACUGCCCAACAGCAACAAGUCAACCACCAGCAGCAGCAACAACAACAGCAGCAGCAGCAACAGCAGCAGCAGCAGCAAGCAUUCACCACAAUAAGCAAUUUCAGCCCGAAUUCCGCCACGAAUUACGUGAACGCAAGUUCGGGAAACGGUCAGCCUGGGUACCCGCAAGUGAACGCCAGCAGUCCGCAGGUAGUUUCACACAACUCUAGUGGUUACCCAGGCCAGGACCAGUACGGCGGACAGGAGCAUCAGGAGUGGCAGAACGAAGGGCAAAUCAUGUGGGAACAGCAGCACAUGAAAGUCGAACCGGACUACGAACACCAGGAGCACUACAUGCAACAAGUGUCGCACUCGCCGAACAAGAUGGAGGAGACGCAGCCGGCUAAGACGUUCUCGCAAGCCGACAAGGUGAAUCUCAAUACGCGAAUCAAAACGAUGAUACUCAACAAGCAGCAGCAAGACAACAAGUUGGAGGAGAACAAAGCAGCUGAACAAAACACUACCGGUCAUUUUUUAUGGUUUAGCCACCAUCAACACUUAGCAAAGCAAUUAGGUGCUGAUGGUGGCUCCCACAAAAAUCCCGAUUUUUACAGUACAAAGAACGAAGACUCGAGCGCUGCCUUCAAUAAACAUAGUCAGAUCAACUCUUUGAAACAAUACAGGCAUAGAGUUGGCCAGAAAAUGCACAAUGAAAGUCAACCUCACAACCAUUUAUAUCAAUCACAGCAGCCAAUUCCAAACCGAUAUCAAGAUAAUUCGGGUGACGUACAAAGUCCGUCUCCAAAGUCUGAAGUUGGCUCAACGCAGCACUGCAAUUAUCUAGAACCACGUGUGAACAAACAAUACAUUGAACUCAAGUCUCGACAUGAAUCCGCACAAACAAGACAAUAUCAAGUUAGAGAUCAGAAGGCUACUGUACUCAACAGCGACUUCAUCAAAUUCGAAACCGAACACUACCAGCGCUUGGUGGACGAGGAAAAUAAGAAACACGAAAGCUCCCAAAAGAAACCACCGGGUACCAUCCUCGACAGCGACUUCAUAAAAUUCGAAACGGCGAAUUACCAGCGCCUGCUAGAGGAACAAGCGAAGAACGCCGAGACCGUCCGACCGCGAAUAUCGAAACACAUCCAGCCACCAUCCAUGGACUGCGCAUGCGUGCUGCCGCCAGAUUCGUCCUCGGAUUCGGGGGUGUUCUACACUCAUCUGGGGUGCGCCGCUAGUGCGGGUAGUCUGAGGAGGGACUUGGAGGACAGGACUGGCGUUAAAGGAGGCGCGAUACGGAUUAUGAGGGUGCGGCAUACCCGCAAAGAGGGCAGGACUGUGCAGGGCUGCCCUGUUGCCAAAUGGAUUGUCCGUCGACAAAACACCGAGGAAAAGUACCUGGUCUUAGUCAAACAUCGUAAAGGCCACUCUUGCCAUGCCGCAUUCAUAGUGAUAUGCCUUGUAGCCUGGGACGGAGUAGCAAGAAACAGCGCCGAUGACCUCUACUCAUUUCUUGCAGAAAAGCUCAACAAGUUUGGUCUCCCGACAGAGCGCAGGUGUGGCAGAAACGAAACCCGGACCUGCGCUUGCCAGGGCGUCGAAGAGGCCAAUUCAGGCGCCAGCUUCACCUUCGGCUGCUCCUGGUCCAUGUUCUACAACGGCUGCAAGUUCGCCAAGUCGAAAGUGCCGCGCAAGUUCCGGCUCAAGGAGCAGAACGAAGAGUUGGCGGUGGAAGAAAAACUUCAAGACCUCGCCGACCACCUCAGUCCCAUCUACGCAUGUCUAGCGCCCCAGUCCUUCGCCAAUCAAACGCGCCACGAGCACGUGGCCACCGCCUGCCGCUUGGGCAGCAAACCGGGCCGCCCCUUCUCCGGCGUCACCGCCUGCCUGGACUUCUGCGCGCACGCGCACAAGGACCAGCACAACAUGGUCGACGGGUGCACGGCGGUGGUGACACUGACCAGGCACAGAGGGCAGGCGAGGGCGGUAGAUGAGCAGCUGCACGUGCUGCCCAUGUACGUGGCGGAGGGGGAAGAAGAGGACGAUGGUGGGGAGGGUGGGCGACAAGGUGGUGUAGAGGUGUUGGACAGGUUUUAUAGCGAGGUCAGAACGUGUUCAGUCGCCGGCGAGUCGCCAAGUCGAAGAAAAGCCACGAAAACAUCAGGAGGCAAAAGAGGCAGACCUCGCAAGGACCUCACAAGCGACACCGUGCCCAGACCACCGAGAGCCCCAUCUGGAGGCAAGAGGGGCCGCCCGAGAAAAGUGCCCACCCCCCAACCAGCUUCACCUUCCACCACCUCCCCUAGGCCGGAGAUACAGAGCGGCCAAGUGUCCAGCACCGUCUCUGGCUAUCCGAAGAAGCCAUGGGGCUACGAUUAUUCCUCAGACAGCAGCAACUCCUCCUCCAUGUUGAACGAUAGCUAUCCGUCUAGUCCGUCCCCCAGUCUGCCGCAAUUCUCUGUUUUCAAAACGCCGAUGACACCCAUGAGCAACCAUUACUCGCAAACCGGCUACCUCAGGAACGAGAGCGAUUCCCCGGAUAAUUACGAUCCCAGCUACUACUAUUUCCUGCCAAGCACUUCUUCCACUCCCCAUCCGCAGGCUUACAAAGUGAGCAAUCCCUUCGACGAUUCGUAUUCCCCGGCCUAUGGAGAUUGCACGCCUCGGCCGAAAGAGCAGACUGUGAACAUCAGCUAUUCAGACAAUGAGGAAUGUUUCCGGGAUAGCGAGAUAGGUGGCGUGGCUAUUUCCUUGCCGCACGGCAGCGUUUUGUUCGAGUGCGCUAAGCACGAGGUGCACGCGACAACUGCCUUGAAAACACCCGAUAGAACGUCUCCAACAAGGAUUUCUCUUGUGUUUUAUCAGCACAAGAGCAUGAACAAGGCCCAGCACGGUUUCUAUGAGAACCAGGAAAAGGCCAGGCUCAAGUCCGAGAUGAAUAGUUCGUUGAAGUUGGAGAGAUCCGAUACGGAUUCCGGUGGUUUCGGAAGUUGUUUGGAUGAUGUUCGUUUGCGGGCGCCUACGUUGCCUACCCAUUCAUGGACUACUACGAUUCCGAUGUUUCCGUGUGUUGUAUCAGGUCCGUUUCAGGAACAAUCGUCUGAGAUAGAUUUGGAAGACUAGGAUAUUUUUCUGAAAAUUUGAUGAUAUGCCUUAUAGAUCUUGACAUCUUCAUUAUUUAGGGUGGUUAAAUUUUUGUUUCAAACUGAACUUUCCUUACUAAAGGUCGUAUAGGUAACAUGUUUAGGAAUACUUUUUUUUUGGUGCUAAGAUCUCACAGGUAGCUAUUGAAUUUUCAGAAGAUGUUGCCGAAAUCUUUAUCCAAUUACAAGUUCACAGCGAUUUCAAACCUAGAAGAUAAUCAGUGUUCUAUAGUCAAGGUAAAAACCAUGGUUACCCAACAGUACUAUCAAUUGCCAUAAAUUCGAAAAAAAAACGUUUUAGUCCCCUACUAGUCCAAGAGACGGAAGAAUGUGGUAAAAAUGAAACAGGUGAAGAUAAAAUACUGUACCAAUAGAUUUAUGUGAUCCUCUUUGAUGGAUAGCCCUCUACAUAAUGCUUCAAUAUCUCUUUUAAACUGGGCAGAAAAAAUUAGUGAUAUCAAUUUAACUUCCAAUGAAAGUGCUCAAAAAACUGAAUAACUCGAAUUUUGGAUCAAGUUGUCAUGGAUUUUUAUAAAAAUAUAUCUGAUCUUCAAUCUGAAAGCAGCAUCCAAAGGUUGUUUUUUCUUCAUCAAAAUCCGUUGCUCAAUACUUAUCAUAGUUUUCCAGUUAUAUCAUACAGAGUGUUGAAGAAUAAGGCUCACAAGAACACAUUUUGGUUCUUCCAUAUUCCACAGAAAUUGUAAAUUUUUCUGAAAAUUAUUUUCUUCAAAUCCUCCAAUUUUCGACUUCUUAUGAAAUAGUCACAGUCGAUAUUCUAACAAUGAUUAUUCAUGCAAAAAAAGGUGAAAUAAGAAAGGUAAAAUCGUCUGUUACAAUCAUUUAUACAGAGUUAUCCUUUGAGAAGGCCCACCCUUAUUUUUUUAUCAAAAAAAAAAACAAUAUGCGGAAGUUGAAUGCCGCAAAGAUAUCUUUCCACAGUCUUAUCAAAAGUUUUACAGGGUGAUUCCUGAAAGCGUGACAAACCACAAAUUAUUUUUCAAAUGGACCCUUUUUUAUAUAUUUUUUUUCAGAAUCUAUGAUUUUUUGUGAUGUGUUGUGGAAAAGGCCUCAUUGUCGUAUUCAACUUCCGCAUAAUCGUUCCUUCUUAUCGAUGAAAAAAUAACGUUAAUAUAUGGGUGGACCUUUUUGAUGAAUAACCCUGUACACCGGUGUGCUACGAUAAAAGUUUUGGAAUAUAAUCUCAAAUUAUGUAAAAACUUGACGCCAACUUAAUAAAAUCUCGAAAUUUCUAGAAAAAAUACCUCGAAAUUUUUUCUUGCCCUAUGUCAAAUAUCUAGUAGUAGAAGACAGAAAAACACAUUAUUAAAAACCGACAAUUUCAAGGAUGUUGGGUCACCUGGUAUGCCAUAGUCUGGACCUUCUUUUGCUGUCUAGAAAGACUGAGAAGGGACUUUGAACAGUUACUUUAGAUUACUCUCUGGGAACCGAUAUUACCGUCAUUUACCAUAACUUACAAAUGAUUACGUUCGUUAAAAAAUCCCAAAGUGUGAAUUCGCAUGCAAUCAUCUUUAUCAUAACCAGAACGAAGAUAUUUUCAUCAGUGCCUCUUGAUCUCUAAAUAAAUGAUAGUUUAACCAGUUGAAUCCAAAGUACAAAUAGAAUUAAACUUGUCAGAUACCAGUAAGUACCAAUGAUAUGGACAUUUACGAAAUAAAUAGUAAGAUUUUUCGAAUUGUUCAUUCACAAUCAACCCUUUUCCACAUCCGAAAAUAAAUCCACAUAUUUAUAUUGUUGCAUGAUAUAUAUAGAGUAUUUGUAGUGAAAAUAUUCUAAUAUGGUAUGUUUGUGUAAGAAUAAACUUUAUUUUUUUAAUUCGUCAAAAGUUUGGAAUGUUUCAUAAGUAUAUUGUAUAUUUUGAACCAUAUAUGAAUGGUUGAAAUAUUUAAAACGUUAAUCAUUCGUAUUAUCUCGAUAUUCCAAUUUUCUGUGUAAAAACUGAAAAACUAGAUAACUAGUCCACGAUUUUUGCCUUCGGAAAUAAUUCUCUUUGAAUGGAAAUAAGAUAUUUUUCAGAGCCCUAAGUAUAUAUACAUAGAUUUAAAUUUGGUUCACGUUGUCCAUGCUGGAUUACGACAUUCGGUAUUGUGUUCUUCAUUAAGAGGCCAUACUAUGUUGUAAAUGAUAUUAAUGUAUGCAUUUAACUUUUCUAGUUUUGAAAGUAUAUUUUUGACACGAGGAAAAAGAAAGUAUUUAUAAUGUUCUUAGAAUGCCUACAAAAUUAAAUUAUUGUAUAGUGUUUUAGUAUACCCAGUCACUUCUUCGAGAAUAUAAAUAUGUUAUGGAAGUAAAUGAUGCCAAAUAUUUAAAAUAGAUUUUUAGAAUGUAUUCCUUAUUUAUACGGUAAAUCUUCCAAGCCAACUAUGUGGCAGCCACAUUUUUAAUGAUGUAAUAUAAGUUACAUGUUUUUAUAGCACCUUAUUUAUUUAUUUAUUUAUUUGCCAUAUUCUAUACUUUAUAGUUUGUAUUUUCUAAGCAAGGUCAUAAUUUCAUUUUGAUUUUCACAAAAUUUCAAAAUUCUAUAGUUUUACAUGUCAAUGUCUGUGCAAUACACCUUCAACAGUAUUAUGGUAGUCAUGGUAGAAAAUACAAACUAUGAAGAUCCUUGAAACCCAGUUAGUGAGUAUUGAAACAUGUAAAUAUUUUUUUACACAAUUCUAGUGAACGUAUUUUAGAAAACCGAAACCAAAAAAGCAAUCAUUGGAAUACUUGUGUAUAUAGUUCAGUUCUUGAGUAGAUACUUUCAUCAAUUUUUCCACAUCAUCAUAUACUUAAAUGUUGAAAACGCACUUUUCUAAAUCCAACAAAAAUAAGCAAUAUUAAUUAAUUAAAUCCAUAUCAAACGAUGAAAGUAUCCACCUGAUGAAAAAUGUGUUUUAUUAAAAAUGAAAUACCUAACCAUUUGUAUUUUCAGUAAGUAGUAGUAGACUUUUUUAGUUUAGAUUUAAGAGAAAACCAAUUAGUGUCUGGUCUUGUGAAUACAUUUAUAU